UAAGAACUCUACUCUCCCAGUAACAUUACUCCGUAAUCAAAUAUGGAAAGCUAAACUUCUAGCUAUUGUCACAAAAAUUUCUACAUUACCCUACAAUAAAUUUGAACCGACUAAACGUAUUAAAUAUAGAUGGUGCUCACACUGCCCAUGCAUUCAUACUGUGACAUGUCUUGAUCAUGAGGUCCGAGACAAGUUUCGGUGCUGUUAUGCUUGUACUACUACUUCUCUUCGGUUGCAGUAACACUACCGAUACCCUAACCCGCAACCGGUUCAUCUCCGAUGCUAAAGACGAAGUCCUUGUGUCCUCUAAUGGUAAUUUCAGACUAGGCUUCUUCAGCCCCGGGAAGUCUCCGAACCGGUACAUUGGUAUUUGGUUCAACAAGAUUUCGGUGUUUACUAUUGUCUGGGUCGCCAAUAGAAACAACCCAAUCAAGAACAAAACCGGCGUCUUCAAGAUCGCCGAUGACGGCAACAUUGCCAUCUUCGACACCGACAAUGAAGGAGGGUUAGCGCUCUGGUCUACCAAUGUCUCGGCAAUUAGCAACUCGACCGCCCAGCUCUUACCUUCAGGCAAUUUGGUUCUAAUCGCAACUAACGGGUUGGACCAUUCCAGCACAGUUGUUUGGCAAAGCUUUGAUCACCCGACUGGUACGCUUUUGCCAGGAAUGAAACUGGGGUUUGACCGGAGGAGAGGUCUGAACCGGUUCCUGACUUGUUGGAGGUCGGGUGAUGACCCGGCACCCGGGAAUUACUCAUUGAAGGUUGAUUUACGCGGCUCGCCUCAGUUCUUCUUGUACAAGAACUCGGCUCCGAUCUGGCGCGACGGCCCAUGGAACGGUAGGACACUCAAUGGGAUUCCCCCAAGUAGUUCAAGAUUGAAUUGGAGUUUUAUAGACAAUCAAGAUGAGGUAUACUAUUCAAUCUCAGUAGCAGAUACAUCAACUUUUGAAAGACUUGUGUUAUUCCCGGUGGGAGCAAUCCUACGGGCAAUAUGGCAACCCCAUGCAAAAGAAUGGGCUUAUUUUGUGGGUUCACAAGAUCGUUGUGACGAAUACUCGCGGUGCGGGGCGUCAGCUAUAUGCAACUCUAACAACACCGAAGAUUGCACCUGUUUGCCCGGGUUCGAACCACAGGCUCCUCAGGAUUUGUUCAAAAAGUGUGUGGAGAAGGAGAAGAGCCAUGCAUACACAUGCGGGAAGGGUGGUGGUGAAGGAUUCAUAAAACUAACAGGUGUGAAAAUUCCUGACGCUAGGAUAUCACAUUUGUAUAAGAAUGUGAGCUUACAAGAAUGUGAAAGGGAGUGCUUCAACCAGUGUAACUGCACCGGGUAUGCUAGUGCUGAUGUCAAUGCUGGGGGACGUGGUUGCUAUGCUUGGUAUGGUGAGCUAAAUGAUAUUAAACAGUACAAUUUCAAUGAAGAUGGACAAGACUUUUACGUCCGGGUAGAUGCCGUAGAGCUUGCGGCAAAUAUGAGGAAGAACUCAAAUGGUUUUCACGGGAUGAAAAGGACACUUGUGAUCAUCUUCCUGCCGGUUGCUUUGGGACUCCUUCUCUUCAUUUCUUGCUCUUAUUUCUUCUGGAGAAAGAAUGCCAAGAGGAAAGGCCUCAAGCAGAAGCAAAAAAAUCGGGAAAUGUUACUUUUGGACUCCCCCACUAAUUUGACAAACAAGAAUUCUCCAAAUCCAAAUAACCAUGAACAGAGCGGGAUGGUAGAAUUGACAUUCUAUGAUCUAGACACUAUAGCAGCAGCAACAGACAAUUUCUCUCUUUCUAGAAAACUUGGAGAGGGAGGUUUUGGGCCGGUUUAUAAGGGUCAACUAUCGAAUGGACAAGAUAUAGCUGUCAAAAGGCUAUCAAGGAACUCAGGACAAGGAGUCGUUGAAUUCAAAAAUGAGUUGUUGUUGAUUGCAAAACUACAGCACAGAAAUCUUGUGAGGGUUCUAGGUUGUUGCAUUGAGAAUGAGGAAACAAUGCUCAUCUAUGAAUAUAUGCCAAAUAAAAGCUUGGACUAUUUUAUUUUUGAUGAAACUAGGAAGUCAUUUUUGGAUUGGAAAAGACGACGUGAAAUCAUUGAUGGGAUUGCUCGAGGGAUCCUUUAUCUUCAUCAAGAUUCCAGGUUAAGAAUAAUUCAUAGAGAUUUAAAAGCCAGCAAUAUUCUUCUAGACAACGAGUUGAACCCAAAAAUCUCAGAUUUUGGUACUGCAAGAAUUUUUGGAGGAAAUCAAAGUGAAGCGAAGACCAAGAGAGUGAUGGGAACAUAUGGCUAUAUGUCACCUGAGUACGCUCUAGAUGGCCUCUUUUCAGUAAAAUCUGACGUUUUCAGCUUUGGAGUCAUAGUACUAGAGCUCAUUAGUAGCAAGAAGAACUUUGGGUUUUUUCAUGAAGAUCCCUACUCAAAUUUGAUCAGAUAUGUGUGGAAGCUUUGGAGCGAGGGCAGGGCCAUAGAGAUAAUAGACCCUUCACUGGGUGAUUCAUGUCCCACGUGUGAGAUCCUCCGAUGCAUUCAAGUUGGGCUUUUGUGUGUGCAAGACAGUGCCAUAGACAGACCAACUAUGUCAUCUGUUAUUUUCAUGCUGAGUAAUGAAACAAAUCUUUCUUCACCAAAGCAACCAGUAUUUACUAUUCCAAGAAGUCAGAAUAGAAAGUCCCCCGAAACAGGGUCAUCUUCUAUCAAUGAAGUUACAGUUACCAUGCUUAGUGGCCGAUAAACUUACUAGGAAUAGUAAGGACUUGUCAUAUAUUUUAUACUUGAAACCUGCUACCCAGACUACAUAUAUUUGUUUUGGGAGAAACGCGAAUGCACAACUCUGUGGACAUGCUGUAGGUUGAAUGCUUGACAGUAGAUUUGUAUGAUGAAAUGGUAUAUGCCAGAGCAAUGUUUUGGCCUCAAAUAUAAAGGGGUGUAU